ACUUGUGUCGUUCUUGAAGAGUGAGGUUGGCCAAGUUGGGCAGAGCUCAGUGUAAUGGCUCCAUUUUCCACUAGAAGGCACUGCGUAGCUUACUGGGAUGAAUUGUUGUGGCACUUGUAGGAUUUGUACCUGUAUCAAGAUGCUCUAAAGGAUAACAACUAUUCUUAGGAAUGUCUAAUAUUACAAAAUGAUGAAAACUAAUUCUAGCAUCUUCCAUUUUGCCAUCAUCUUCAUGUUAAUACUUGAGACCAAAAUCCAACUGACUGAUGAAAGUGAAUUUUUGGUUGACAGAUCAGAAUCAAGUCUCUUUCAUGUUCCCAAAAACCUAUCCCUGAAAACAACAAUCUUAAAUAUAUCACAAAACUAUAUAUCUGAGCUUCGGACUUCUGACAUCGUAUCACUAUCAAAGCUAAGGAUUUUGAUAGUUUCUCAUAACAGAAUUCAAUAUCUUGAUAUUAGUGUUUUCAAAUUCAACCAGGAAUUGGAAUAUUUGGAUUUGUCCCACAAUGAAUUGUGGAAGAUUUCUUGCCAUCCUACUGUGAAUCUCAAGCAUUUAGACCUCUCAUUUAAUGCAUUUGUUGGCCUACCCAUAUGCAAAGAGUUUGGCAAUAUGUCUCAACUAGAAUUUCUGGGGUUGAGCGCCACACAAUUACAAAAAUCUAGUGUGCUACCAAUUGCUUCUUUGCAUAUAAGUAAGGUUUUACUGGUCUUAGGAGACGCUUAUGGGGAAAAAGAAGACCCUGAGAGCCUUCAAAACUUUAAUAUAGAAAGUCUACACAUAAUUUUCCCCACAAGAAAAGAAUUCAGUUUUAUUUUGGAUGUAUCAGUCAGCACAGCAGUAAGUCUGGAACUUUCCAAUAUCAAAUGUGUGCUAGAUGAUAAUGGAUGUUCUUAUUUCCAAAAUGUUCUGUUAAAACUUCAGAACAACUCAAGGUUAUCAAAUCUUACUUUAAACAACAUUGAAACAACUUGGAAUUUUUUCAUUAUGAUCAUCCAGUUGGUUUGGCAUACAAGCAUAAAGUAUUUCUCAAUUUCAAAUGUAAAACUACAAGGUCACCUUGACUUCAGAGAUUUUGAUUAUUCGAACACUUCACUGAAGGCCUUCUCUAUACACCAAGUGGUCACUGAUGUGUUCAGUUUUCCACAAAGUCAUAUCUAUGAAAUCUUUUCAAAUAUGAACAUUCAAAAUUUCACAGUGUCUGGUACACAUAUGGUCCACAUGGUUUGUCCAUCCCAAAUUAGCACAUUUUUAUAUUUGGAUUUUUCUAAUAAUCUCUUAACAGACAUGGUUUUCAAAAAUUGUGGAAACUUGGCUAAAUUAGAGACACUUAGUUUACAAAUGAAUCAAUUAAAAGAACUUGCAAGUAUAGUUUAUAUGACCAAAGAGAUGAAGUCUCUACAACAAUUGGAUGUUAGUCAGAAUUCUCUAAGGUAUGAUAAAAAUGAAGGAGAUUGCUCUUGGACUACAAGUUUAUUAAGUUUAAAUAUGUCUUCAAAUAUACUUACUGACUCUGUUUUCAGAUGUUUACCUCCUAAGGUCAAGGUACUUGAUCUUCACAAUAACCAAAUAAGAAGCAUUCCUAAACCAAUCAUGAAACUAGAAGCUUUGCAAGAACUCAAUGUUGCCUCCAAUUCCUUAGCCCACCUUCCUGACUGUGGAGCUUUUAGCAGCCUUUCUGUACUGAUCAUUGACCAUAAUUCAAUUUCCAACCCAUCAGCUGAUUUCUUCCACAGCUGCCAGAAGAUUAGGUCCAUAAGAGCAGGAAACAAUCCAUUCCAAUGCACCUGUGAGCUAAGAGAAUUUAUCCAGAAUAUAGGCCAAGUAUCAAGUGAAGUGGUAGAGGGUUGGCCUGAUUCUUAUAAGUGUGACUAUCCAGAAAGCUAUAAGGGAACCCCACUAAAGGACUUUCAUGUGUCUCAGUUAUCCUGCAACACAGCUCUGCUGCUUGUCACCAUUGGGGUCACUGUGCUGGUGUUGACUGUUACUGUGACUGCCCUCUGUAUGUACUUUGAUCUGCCCUGGUAUCUCAGGAUGGUGUGUCAGUGGACCCAGACCCGGCACAGGGCAAGGAACCUACCCUUAGAAGAACUCCAAAGAACCCUUCAGUUCCACGCUUUUAUUUCAUAUAGUGGGCAUGAUUCUGUGUGGGUGAAGAGUGAAUUAUUACCAAACCUAGAAAAAGAAGACCUAAGGAUUUGUCUCCAUGAGAGAAACUUUGUUCCUGGCAAGAGCAUUGUGGAGAAUAUCAUCAACUGCAUUGAGAAAAGUUACAAGUCCAUCUUUGUUUUGUCUCCCAACUUUGUUCAGAGUGAGUGGUGUCAUUAUGAACUCUACUUUGCCCACCACAAUCUAUUUCAUGAAGCUUUUGAUAACUUAAUCUUGAUCUUGCUGGAGCCUAUUCCACAGUAUUCCAUUCCCAGCAGCUAUCACAAGCUCAAAAAUCUCAUGGCACGAAGGACUUAUUUGGAAUGGCCCAAGGAGAAGAGCAAACAUGGGCUUUUUUGGGCUAACCUAAGAGCAGCUAUUAAUAUUAAAUUGAUGGAGCAAGCAAAAUAAAUAGAUCACACAUAGAUCAAAAAA